UUACAUCACUGAGGUAUAAAGUUACAUGUGCUGAUGCGGAAGUGAGUCAGUUCUCAUUCACUUUACUUACUAUUUUAACUCAACUAGUGUGUCAGCUAAACUGCUACAUCAGAUGGGUUCGAUUUCGAUACUUUCAAAAGUAGAUAUUGAUUAGCGUGUGAUCAACAUUUGCCAGGCAUGCACGAGCCAGAGUUAGCUAGUUAAUGCGUUGCAGAUGACUGGUCUCCUGUAUAUUAAUCAUGGUAAUUCCUCGAGGUAAAAAUGUUCUUGUGCGGAUUUCAUUCUAUUGGAAACCACUGUUACAAGGAAGAUUGCUCAUUUUAACAAACACCCUCAGUGGAGGUGUUAUGUUGUCUCUGGGAGAUAUCAUACAGCAAACCAGGGAAAAAAUGAAAGAUCCUCAGAAAAUUCGUGACUGGAGUCGCACAGGGCAUAUGUUUGGAGUGGGUUGCUCUAUGGGACCUGUCCUCCACUACUGGUAUUCAUGGCUGGAUAAAAUCUACAUUGGCAAAGCCUUGCACACUGUAGGCAAGAAAGUCCUAGUGGACCAGCUAGUUUGCUCACCAAUCCUUGGAGCUUGGUACUUUUUAGGCAUGGGAGUAAUGGAGGGACACGGUCUAUCCAAAGGCGCGCUGGAAUUCAAAGAGAAGUUCUGGGAGUUCUAUAAGGCUGAUUGGUGUGUCUGGCCUGCCGCACAGCUGAUCAACUUCUAUUUCCUUUCACCCCAAUACCGGGUCCUUUAUGUGAACACAAUAACCCUGGGUUGGGACACCUACCUGUCUUACCUCAAACACAGAGAAGAUGAUCAACCAGGAGAGCUCGUUCUUGACAGUGGUGUCAUAGAGGUGACCCAGGAGGCUGUUGGGCCCAUCGCUCCAGCUAAACGGUUUGAGGAGUAGGUUUAGCCCUAGUACUGAACUCCAAAUACACUGCUCCAAAAAAUAAAGGGAACACUAAAACAACACAAUGUAACUCCAAGUCAAUCACACUUCUGUGAAAUCAAACUGUCCACUUAGGAAGCUACACUGAUUUCCAAUACAUUUCACAUGCUGUUGUGCAAAUGGAAUAGACAACAGUUGGAAAUUAUAGGCAAUUAGCAAGACACCCCCAAUAAAGGAGUGGUUCUGCAGGUGGGGACCACAGACCACUUCUCAGUUCCUAUGCUUCCUGGCUGAUGUUUUGGUCACUUUUGAAUGCUGGCAGUGCUUUCACUCUAGUGGUAGCAUGAGACGGAGUCUACAACCC